UUUUUUUUGUUUCACGGUAUAUUAAUUUAACUGUAUUGUAGUGUUGCUUAUGAUAUUAUAUUAUACAGUCUAAAUCAACAAAAUUAUUUGAAAGUGGAAAGUUCGAAGCAAAAAUGAAAGAUGCUGCAGCCGUUUGGGCUAAGUUAUUUCUUAUGCUCAUAAUUUCUGCUAAACCUCUUAACGGUCUCGCUGAAUGCAAGCGUCUCGGAAACAAUUCGUGUAUAAACCACAAAGAAUGUUGUUCUGGAUAUUGUUUUAAGGAACCAGGUUGGGAAUUGGGAGUAUGUAAAAGACCACAAAGUAAAAAUGAAGACGAAUCAAAAGAAGAAAAUUCCGUUUUCGAAAAGGGCACGUGUGCAUAUUACCAAGGAGGCAUUGAAACCGCAAACGGUGAAGUAUUCAACGAAAACGAAAUGACCGCCGCUCACCAGACGUUACCGUUCAAUACGAUGGUCAACGUGGAAAUCAUGGGUACCAGUGUGGUGGUAAGGAUCAACGACCGGAAGGAUGAUUUGAACGGACAUAUUUUGGACAUGUCUUUUGCGGCAGCCGAAGCUGUAGGCAUCAUGGAUGAAGACGAGGUAUCGUGUCAACUGAAAAUUCUGACCGGUAUCGGUUGCACCGCGAGUUAUGGAAACACGUGUGUGAUGCACCACGAAUGUUGUUCACGAUUCUGUUUCAAAGAAAUGUUCUCUAAGGUCGGGUUUUGCACACCUAGGGGUUAGUCCAAGAAUCCGAGCGCAGUCCGGUCUGGUGACGAUGAUUAGGCGAUGAAAAUGUCACAGCAUUUUAAUGUAUAAUUUAUUGGUUCAAUAUCCACCUUUAAAUAAUACACCACCGUAAUAAUUAUAAUAUAGAUAAUAUCAUAUUUAUUUUAGAAUUUAUUUAUAAAUAAAUAAUUGUUCGGAAAUCAUUAUAAAACGGAUAUAAUGUAAUAAUUUCAUAUAUUCAUUUGAAAUAAAAAUUUAGUAUCUUCAA